CUGGCCGUGCCUUGCGGGCUGCCGUGAUGGCCAACGUGUAUUCUUUGGACGGCCUGUUGGUGUUCGGCCUGCUCUUCGUGUGCACCUGCGCCUACUUCCGGAAGGUCCCUCGGCUGAAAACCUGGCUGUUGUCGGAGAAGAGGGGGGUCUGGGGGGUAUUUUACAAAGCGGCAGUGAUUGGAACCAGACUUCAUGCAGCAGUGGCAAUAUCCUGCAUUGUCAUGGCUUUUUAUGUUCUCUUCAUAAAAUGACUGCCAGCACCUCAGAUGGACACUGUUUGAAUAAAAAUGCUGAAAAGGGCAUAUAUCGUUUGCUUCAGA